CACGGCGGACGCGUUUUGAAACCAGCUCUGCGAUAAAGUCGUUUUGUUUUUUUUAUUGUUUGGGAACAGUUGUAAGCCAACAAAUUAACUAUCAACCAGAAAAAAGAAGAGACAACGUUUGUAAAUUCAAAAUUGCCAAGGAAAGAUUGCAGGAAAUCACCAGGAAAUCAGAUUUGUCCAUUCGCAGACUAGCCGCCAACCGACCAUGAUCUUGCGGACAACAACAUCACUCCAUGCUGGCCACUGGCUGCUUCAGCUUCAGCUACAGCUCCUUCUCCUAAUCCUUUUGCUGCCGGCCAUCUCGAUGGCCAAGACAGUAAAUCCCAGUGCCGGUGGUGGUGACCCGCUGCAAAUCCAAAUCCAGCCGGAAAGGGGAUUGCCAGAGCCUAGGGCAUAUAUGCCAGAUGCUCAGCAUUUGGAUUUUGUCUACCAUGAUCACGAGGAGCUGACGAGGUUUCUAAGAGCCACCAGUGCCCGGUAUCCCAAUCUCACUGCCCUGUACUCCAUUGGCAAGUCCAUCCAGGGCAGGGAUCUUUGGGUUAUGGUGGUCAGCUCGUCACCAUAUGAGCAUAUGGUGGGCAAGCCGGAUGUGAAAUAUGUGGGCAAUAUUCAUGGCAAUGAGCCCGUGGGCCGGGAGAUGCUUCUCCAUCUCAUCCAGUACUUUGUGACUAGCUAUAGCUCCGAUCAGUAUGUCAAGUGGCUGCUGGAUAAUACACGGAUUCACAUAUUGCCCACCAUGAAUCCGGAUGGUUAUGCGGUAUCCAAGGAGGGUACCUGUGAUGGCGGUCAGGGCAGAUAUAAUGCCCGUGGCUUCGAUCUAAAUCGGAACUUCCCCGACUACUUCAAGCAGAAUAAUAAGCGUGGUCAGCCGGAAACGGAUGCAGUGAAGGAUUGGAUAUCCAAGAUCCAGUUUGUGCUGAGCGGGAGUCUUCAUGGUGGUGCUUUGGUGGCCAGUUAUCCCUACGACAAUACGCCCAACUCCAGGCUGCUCAAAGGGAUCUGCCGUUCGUCCGCCCUGUGCGCGAUGUUCCAGACCUACUCGGCGGCGCCGUCCCUAACGCCCGACGAUGAUGUGUUCAAGCAUUUGUCCCUGGUCUAUGCCCGCAAUCAUGCCAAGAUGUCCCGUGGUGUGGCCUGCAAGUCGGCAACGCCGGCCUUUGAGAAUGGCAUUACAAAUGGAGCAGCCUGGUAUCCACUGACUGGCGGGAUGCAGGACUAUAACUAUGUGUGGUAUGGCUGCAUGGAGAUUACCCUGGAGAUAUCCUGCUGCAAGUAUCCGCCUGCCUAUGAGCUCAAGAAGUACUGGGAGGAUAAUCAGCUGUCAAUGAUCAAAUUCCUUGCCGAGGCCCAUCGGGGAGUCCAGGGUUUCGUUUUCGAUCCCGCGGGCAUGCCCAUUGAGAGGGCCUCCAUCAAGAUUAAGGGUCGCGAUGUGGGCUUCCAGACAACCAAGUACGGUGAGUUCUGGCGUAUCCUGCUACCGGGCUACUACAAAGUAGAGGUAUUUGCCGAAGGCUUUGCCCCCCGUGAGGUGGAAUUUGUGAUUGUGGAGCAGCAUCCCACUUUGCUAAAUGUGACGCUGCAGCCCUCGAAGUACCUGGUGGCAGGUUCAUCCUCUACCACACAGGCCUCUUCAGGGACGCGGCGCGUGAAUGGCAAGCUGCAGUUGGCCAUCGAUUAGGUCCAAGAGUCAUUCCAAGGAGCCUCAGCCGAUCGAGAGAGCGUCGAGGGUGGCGUGUAAAUACUAGCUGAAGUGCUUUAAUUCCUGACUAACCUCAUCUAAAUAAUCUUACCUAGCUAUAUAUCCCACUCGUUUUAUUUUAUGGUUUUGUGUUGUAGAUUUCCUCUUAACCAAUUUCUCAAUUCUUUUCUGAGUUUCUUUAUGACAUACUUUUCAACUUUCCUCUUAAAUUUGUUUCACAGUUUCUUCCUCAUUUCCCCCUUUUAAAUCCCCCUCCAACUUUUGGUACAAGGACCUUUCCUGGUGCAAGGUUUCCUCCUUACUCCUUAAUUUAAGUGUUGUUUGUUGUUAAUAAUGGUAAAAUGUAAAAGAAAACCCAAAGAUGUAUUAAAAAUUU